AUGACCAGCUCCGCCGCCUCGGAGUUCGAUGCCUCCCGCUCAAUGACUACCUCUUAUACGACCUCGCCGACUAAGAAUGUCACGACUUCCUCUACGGCGAGCCGAACGACUCCAGGGUCAUCCCCUCCACUCUUUCCCCCCGCCGGCGACAUAUCGAGCACUAUUGACCCCGAGAAGGCGCGGAAGGAAAGCGUGUUCAACUACUACUUUCUCAUACUCGCUGCAUUUGGAGUAUUAGUUGCGGUCGGGUUAUGGUGGAUUCGCCGGCGGAGACUGCGGCGGAAAGAGGAGAUGCGGUUAAGUGGACAGGAUGCUCUGGCUCGGGACCUCGAUGGCUGGGUUACUACAAGACGGUGGCUACAUGGAGCAUGGAGAUACAACCAGACAACGACCUUUGUCAGACGCGAAGAAGGGUUGAACGAACAUGGCGAAGCACCCCCGCCCUAUCAACCGAGCGAUGAGGUCCCGGUCACACAGGGGGAUACAAGGUCAGCGCAAGCCCAGGCGAGUGGAUUGGCUAUUCCGUUAAGAGCUCUAUCAAGGGAAGAUCUUGAUGCAAUGCGUCCGCCCAAGUAUGAAGAGGAGGAGCCCCGUGAGAGAGCAUUCCAUGGUCGAUUCUCUACCCGGAGGUCCCACCGUACGAGGUCUGGCACGUCCUAUACAAAUACGAAUGCGUCGACUCGAGACUUUCUCGCAGAAGAAACUGUCCGCCCGAACGGUUGA